UUGGUCUUGUUGCCAAGCAACCUACAAAUUCAACGGAAAAGUGGACGCAUUGUAGCAACUCUACAGAUAUUUGAUAGCAGCAGGGUGCGAAUCAAUACAGGAUGAGUAGCCCUACUAUAACCAAUUUGAGGGACGUAAGAGAGCAACUGCUCUCCAUUGACCAAAAGUAUGAGCGUCUCAAACAGCAGCAGUUUAUAUUUAUCACAGCUCUUGAGAGGUCGAGAGAACAUGCCAGAGACAAAACUGAGCCUGUCUCCUCGGUGUCACAGGUACAAAAGUACAAGAACCAAGACUGCAGCAAUUCCACAGACAGAUGCAUCAUCUCACUCUUUUUGGAAAUAAUGGCUGAUCUUGAGGUUGUUCUGAGACUUCUAGAAUCCUCAUUGUCAAACCGAAACCCUUCCUGUGAGGGCUUAGAUACCUGCAGGGAGCUCCUGAACCCCAACACUAACAUCAGCCAGCUAAGAGUACACUACCCGCACAAUGAGAUCAAUCGCCUGAGCUGUGAUGAAGCAAGAAAUUUCUAUGGUGGAAUUGUGAGUGUGAUUCCACUGGCUCUCGACCAUCUCACCUCCAGCUUUAAAAAGGCCACUCAAUCUCCAACUUCCACAACCGGAAAAACAUCACCUCAGCAAACAGAGUCUGAGAAACCAGGCACUUCUGCUGACCUUGACAAGAGUACCAGUAAUAACUCAAGUAAAGUAUAUACAAAAGGCACAGGUGGCUGGCAUGCAGGAAAACCGGCCUGGAAGCCACCAGGCAAUACAAGGAGAUAAUAUCUUGCUUUAAUAGCUUCAUGACAAAAACAGUAUUGAUUUGUUUGAGUAUUUGUUUAAGUAUUACAAAAUGUACAAUUACUAUUUUAUAACUGAUGAGAAUAUGACAAAGAUUUGCAAAACAUAUAUUUUAUUUUUGUUGAUCAUAGCUUAACAAGGAGAACAGCGCUCUCAGGUUUUUUUUUUCUUGAAUUCAAAACAGUAUUUCUAAACAGACUCCCUGGUCACCUGUUACACAAGUCAUCCUUCAACUUACUGUACCGUAAUUCAGAUAACUUUUGAUAAAGCAAGAGACAGGCAUCCUGUUCCGUGCAGUAAGGCAUUUUGUGAAAUGACAAUGUUUGAGCUUUUGGUUAAAAAGAAAAGAGAAAAAUAGCAGUGAUUUCCAUAUAUUUCAAUGAUCAUUGUAACCCACCUCACCCAGUUGGCAGGCUUAAGAUCCCUGCACUUAACACAAACCCUCGGGCGAGUUUUUAUAAAGAAUCAAGUCUUAUGCUCGGCUAGUGUUCCGCAAACAAGCUGCAGCCUACUAUAUUAAACCUUUUCUUUACAGAUGGGGUCUGACCUUUGUAACACCGAGACAGAAGAAAAUACAGAGGCAAGCUUUAUAGAGAACUGAAGAGUUUAGUGUCAACGUAUAGCAGCGGCUGCAUUUUCAUGCUAUUGACACAAGGGCAAUCAACCUUUAGACAAACCAGAAUUUUCGAAUUCCUUGAUCACCAGCAACAGCUCAAGUCUCAACAGCACAAAUGCAUUAAAUGCACCUACAGCAGCGUAACCUGUUUUCUGUAAGGCUCUGACAGUUUUGCAAAACAGCAAAAAAUAAAUCUGCUUUUCCCCAUUGCCAAUCAUA